UCACAGUGCCACUGUUUUUCAGUAUGUGAGAGUAAGUUUAUUAAAAGCACGCACCUAAAUUACUAAAUAAAAAGACGUUCAUCUCCUGGACUCUUUGUUAUACCUGGUAUUUCACGGACACAGUAUGGGAAAUAGAUCAGCGUACAAUUCGUGAAACAGAAGCAACUUGUUUUGAUUUUCCAUUCAUUCAUUAAUGGGACAUUGUUCUCCAGCUCUACGGUCGGAUUUUUCUGACGUAAUAUUCUGGACAUAUUCUGGCUCCAAUUGUCUCUUUACUAAAGAGCCGCUGAAGGGAUAUGGGGAAAUCAACCAAUAAACAGAAUAAAUAAACGUUUCUGGUGCUCACCUGUAAGUUUCGGAAGACGGUUCUGCCGGCCUACCUCAAUGUGACCACUCCAAAGCAAGAUGAUCACCUUCUUUCUGAUUGGACUGUUAGUCCACGUGGUCUUCUUUAUUUCUAUUUUCGACAUUUACUUCACCUCUCCCUUGGUCCAUGGUAUGACACCCCAGAUUACACCACUAGCACCACCUGCAUCCAGACUAGUAUUGAUGGUUGCCGACGGCCUCAGAGCAGAUAGUCUGUUCACUGUGCUCCCCGAUGGCUCCUCCAGGACACCAUACCUGAGGCGUGUGAUAGAGGAGAGGGGAACCUGGGGUGUGUCGCACACACGUGUGCCCACUGAGUCCCGACCUGGCCAUGUUGCUCUCAUAGCUGGCUUCUAUGAGGAUGUCAGUGCUGUUGCCAAAGGUUGGAAGGAGAAUCCUGUUGAGUUUGACUCAGUUUUUAAUGAGAGCAGGCACACAUGGUGCUGGGGUAGCCCUGACAUUCUGCCUAUGUUUGCAAAAGGUGCCACUGGUGACCAUGUCUACACCUACACAUACCCAGCAGAGGAGGAGGAUUUUGCCUCCACAGACGCCUCCAGGCUUGACAGUUGGGUGUUCACCCAAGUCAAAUCAUUCCUUGAGUCAGCAAAGUCCAAUUCAACUCUUAGGGCGCGUCUUCUCCAGGAUAAAAAUGUUUUUUUUCUGCAUCUGCUGGGUAUAGACACCAAUGGUCAUGCUCACAGGCCAAUGUCAAAGGAGUACCUUGACAAUAUUGGUCUCGUAGACGCUGGUGUCGCUGAGUUGGUGUCUCUGGUGGAAGACUUCUUUGGUCACGAUGGUCAAACAACCUAUGUGUUUACCUCUGAUCACGGCAUGACAAACUGGGGAUCACAUGGUGCGGGCCAUCCAUCUGAAACACUUACCCCUUUAGUUGUAUGGGGGGCUGGAGUUAAUAAUGCAGUUAAAGUCACUGAGCCUCAACAGUUCACUGACAGAUCUUUACAAGAUUGGAAACUCGAGCACAUCCGUAGAGUCGAUGUCAAUCAGGCUGACAUCGCUCCCCUCAUGUCCUCUCUCAUUGGUGUCCCGAUUCCUGUCAACUCAGUUGGCGUGUUGCCUCUUCUCUACCUCAACAACAGUGCCCUGUUCAAAGCAGAGAGCAUGUACACAAACGCUAUUCAAGUACUCGAGCAGUUCAAGAUCAAAAUGAUGCAGAAAAAGGAGACGACCUUAUCCUUUCUCUUCACCCCAUAUCUACAAUUGACUGACAUAAAACAAGCAGAGUUUAUACAUGACGCCAAAAAGCUGAUUCAGCUGGAAGAGUAUGAAAAAGCUAUUUCUCUUUGCCAGUCUCUCAUAUCCCAUGCCCUGGAGGGCCUGGUUUACUACCACACCUAUGACAGGUUCUUCCUAGGUUGCAGUGUGGUGCUGGGAUUUGUGGGUUGGACCUCAUAUGUGAUUGUAGUAAUACUGAAGACUCACGCCAGCCUAAUACGACAACCAGGUCACCAGAUUCCCAGCCGUACCCUGAAGAGGCUAUGUGUGGGUGUGACAGUGGGGAUCACUGGGUUCCUCCUUAUUCAAAGAAGCCCACUUACCUACUAUAUUUACUGCCUGCUGCCUGUCCCUGUCUGGUACUCUGUUCUGAAAGAAUGUGGUACUCUGAUGGAUUUGAAGUCGCUGCCUUCUCUUCCGCUGUGGAAAUGUUUUGGUUAUUUUGUGCUGGUGGCUUUUGGAGUCGAGUUGUUGGUGGUGAGUUUCUUCCAUCGCGCAGUGUUGACUGCAGGCCUGGCCAUUCUUUCUGUAUGCCCCAUCCUCUCAGGGCUUUUUAUCAAAGCUAAGGCGUGCUCAGUGAGUUGGUUUGUGGGCUGCGUGCUUUUGGCUUUCUUCCCUCUGAUGCCCGUUGUGGGUAGGGACCCUGUCAUACAUCUGGUUACAUGUUCAGGUCUACUCACCCUACUGACGUCAGCAUGUUACCUCUGGUCAUCACAGCAGAGAAACUCACUGCGACCUGGUGACAGAAGGCAGUUAAUUAUGCAGAUGCUGCACGUAGCUGUCUGUGCAUACGUGCCAUCGCUCACACACUCCAGUCUGCAGCAGAAACAGGGUCUGCCUCUUCUCAACCAGAUCAUCAGCUGGUCCACGUUAGGGUCUUCAAUGGUGGUUCCGUUGUUAAGCUCCACUCGACUUUUCCAUCGACUCCUCAGCAUAUUCCUCUCACUCACUGCCACAUACCUGCUGCUCAGCACUGGGUCAGAGGCCUUGUUUCCACCUGUACUAUCCUGGCUGAUGUUUACGUGGAUCCACAUUGAACAAGAAGCUAUGCUUUCACAGGGUGUCUCCAGCAGACAAGAUCUCUACACCAUUGAUUUCUCUGCAAACAUUGACAUCGCCAAGAUCCGAAAUCUGAAGUUGGAUGACAUCAGAAGAUCUUACUUUUUUGUAUUUUUUAUCAUCACAGCUUUCUUUGGCACUGGAAACAUAGCUUCUAUUAACAGCUUUGACCCAGCGUCGGUUUAUUGUUUCCUGACCAUCUUCAACCCCUUCAUCAUGGGAGGACUGAUGAUGUGGAAGGUUAUCAUUCCGUUCAUAAUAGUGAUGUGCACCUUUGAGACCAUUCAAGUUGUAACGCAGCUUUCUUCCAGAAGUCUAUUCCUCAUCGUCCUGGUCAUCUCAGACUUAAUGGCUCUGCACUUUUUCUUCCUGGUUCAGGACUAUGGCAGCUGGUUGGACAUUGGCACAAGCAUCAGCCAUUAUGUGAUCGUGAUGUCAAUGACCAUCUUCCUGAUGCUGCUCAGUAUCGUGACACACAUUCUUACCUCAAAACGACUAACACUGUGGCGACGAAACAAGCUGCAUUUUACCUAAAUAACAAAUGCCACUUUGAGUAGAUGUCACAUUAUUGAAUUGGUCAAAGGUGGAGGUUGUUUUUUCUUAAAUUUUGUUACCACAUAAUAAGGGAAGUUAUGUAAGUUAGUUUCAGUAUACCUGAUGGCGCAAGUCAUUUUCAGCAUUUACGUCUUGACUGCACGACAAAAUAAAAUGGCAGUUUACAACAGAAGAGUUGUUUGGUUUCUCUCUUAGAAAGUAAUAACUUCCCCAGAAUGAUGAAAUAUAUUUUCACAGUGUUCCUUGCUCUUUUCUUUUUUUUUUACACCAGCCAGGCCACAUUGUUGUUGCAUUAAUCAUUGAUGAACUGACUAAACCCACUGUAAUAUUUGGUUUUGAAUUAAGUCUUUGCCAGAGGUGAUGGUUUGCCAAACCUACUAGUUUCCUGUAAAGCUUCAUGACAUUUGUUUUAUACAGGAAUCCAAUUUAAAUUUAUUUUUUAAAGACUGUUUGUCUCAUUGGAAGUGGAAUAAGAAAUGUUAAUAAAGUUGUAAUCAGUGAACAAUAA